UCAGGUCAGUGCUGGGUGUCCGAGCGCUGCUAGGCCGGGACACUGCGGGAGGCUCCAGUCCGAGGCCAGCUGCUUGGUUGCGGGGAGCCCGCUGCUGGGAACGUGGCGGUGACUGCGCCGGGCCGCUAUCAGAGGUUGAAUUCUUCAGGUCAUUUAUUAGCUGGUGUGUAACGGCACAGAGAAAAAAAAAAGAUAACGCUAUGUCUGAUGAAGUUUUUAGCACAACUUUGGCAUAUACAAAGAGUCCAAAAGUUACCAAAAGAACAAGUUUCCAGGAUGAGCUGCUAAGAGCCAUCACAGCUCGCUCGGCCAGGCAGCGGAGCUCCGAGUACUCGGACGAUUUUGACAGUGAGGAGAUCGUUUCUUUAGGCAACAUUUCUGAUACCUCAGCAGAAGAAAACUCAGUUAAGAAGAAGAAAAUAAAUGAUUUUCACAUAUCAGACGAUGAAGAAAAGAAUGCUCCAAGGCUGUCGUUUUUGAAAACCAAGAAAUCCAGCAAUGACAUCAGCAAAGACAAGCCAGAAUUCACGGACAAAAAUGAUGAGGCAACGGCACACAAUGGUUGCGAAGGCGUGGUUGAAAAUUCCUUAUUUGACUCUCAAAACAAAUAUCAAGAAAUCGAAAAAGACAAAGUGAAACCCAAACCCAGAAUCCUUUCCAUCAAAAGCACAUCUUCAGACAACAACAGCAGCCUUGAAACAGAUGAGCACUUUAAACCUUUACCUCUGCCAAGGAGCAUGUUAAGAAAGAAUAGCUACAGGGAGGAGAAAGAUAGGCUGGAAGAAAAAGAAACCUCCCCCAGUCAAGAAUUCCAGGCUCAGCUGGCACCAUCUCCCGUACCAACUCCUGCACCACGGCUAACUGACCCAAAACUAGAAGCUGAGAAGAAAGUGGAAAACAGUCACCCUCAGGACCGAAGUGUUACAAGUCUAUCUCCAUCAUCCCUUAAGGAAAGUCUUGGAAAUUCCUAUUCACCAGAACCUGGGGAAACGUCGUCCAUAAAAGAUCAGAAUGAAGAAUUCACUGGAAACUAUACUUCCUUAAAAUCAGUCGCAAAUGAAGAGAAUUCCUUAUUGGUCGACUCUGUUAGUUCUGCCCUGGAGAAGCCCAAGGAAAGCCAUGUGAAUGCUGAUGGCCUUCAAGAAGAAAGGGAGAAUGCUGGUGUGGUGACAGACGACAACGCAGCAGCCGAUCCUUUACCGUUGAAAUCACAGAGUGUCGUAACAACCAGCAGCCCAACGGAAUCUACAAAGAAAACAGUUGAAGACAGAAACAUAAAGAAUAAAAGGACAACAAAUAAUAGAGUCUCCAGCGCUUCUGGCAGAUUAAUGACUUCCGAGUUUUCAAAGAAAUCUAGUUCUGCAAGGAGAAGUCCUUCAGCAACUACCUCAUCUCAGUAUUUAGGGACUUUGAGAGUUUUGGACCAAAAGCCUCCACAGAAACCAAGUCUGGAACCUGACAGAGCAGACAACAUAAGAGCAGCUGUGUAUCAGGAAUGGUUAGAAAAGAAAAAUGUCUACUUACAUGAAAUGCACAGAAUAAAAAGGAUUGAAAGUGAAAACUUAAGGAUUCAAAACGAACAGAGAAGGGCUGCUAAGCGAGAAGAAUCCUUGGCGUCCUUUGAGGCCUGGAAGGCCAUGAAAGAGAAGGAAGCAAAGAAGGUAGCUGCCAGAAAGAGGCUGGAGGAAAAAAACAAGAGGAAAACGGAAGAGGAAAACGCUGCCCGGAAGGGGGAAGCGCUGCAGGCUUUUGAAAAAUGGAAAGAGAAGAAGAUGGAAUACCUCAAAGAGAAAAACAGGAAGGAGAAAGAAUACGAAAGAGCCAAGAAACAGAAAGAGGAGGAAGCAGUGGCCGAGAAAAAGAAAGAUAAUUUAACCGCUGUUGAAAAAUGGAAUGAAAAAAAGGAAGCAUUCUUCAAACAAAAGGAAAAAGAGAAAAUAAACGAGAAGAAAAAGGAAGAACUUAAAAGAGCCGAGAAGAAAGAUAAAGAUAAACAAGCUAUGGAUGAAUACGAAAAGUGGCUGGAGAAAAAAGAAAGGCAAGAAAGAAUUGAACGAAAGCAGAAGCGUCAUUCCUUCCUGGAGAAUGAGGCGCUUCCUCCGUGGAGCCCGCCAAGCAGGCCUGUGUUCUCCAAAGUGUUCUGAUCAUUGGCUCCUUAGCUGACUCAGCUAUCUGCCAGUUUGCAUAUUUUAGCCAGGGGGCUUAAAAUAAUUGAAUUAGUUACACA